AUCGUCAAUCGGACUUGAAAUUGAUAAGGUUGAGAAUCAGCAUAGAAGGUCAUGUUUUCUAUAUUUCUAUCAAUUGUUAUUGGGCUUGCCUUUACGUGGUGGUACAAGAAUUACACACAACCCAAAGGAUUUCCCAAUGGACCGACUUUGGCCUUACCCUUCAUUGGCCAUGGCUACAAAUUGGGCUCCAAUAUCGUGGAAAGCUACCAUAAAUUUCGAGGAAAAUAUGGUGACAUCUUUGGACUCUUCUUGGGACCAUCAAGAGUCGUUGUUUUGAACGACUUUGAUUCCAUUCAAGAAUCAGGCUUUCAUGACGAUUUCCUGGACCGACCCAGCUUUCUUCCAGGGAUGAAAGGCACAUUAUCGGACGGAGGCGAGCCUGGUGUGAUAUUUUCCAAGGGCAAACAAUGGUCGGAACAACGGCGUUUUGCCUUGCGAACACUGAGAGAUUUUGGAUUUGGCAAGCAAAAGAUGGAAGAAGUCAUCGACGAGCAAGUCAACCAGUUGUGCUCCGUAUUAGAGAGUAAACACGGUCAACCCAUGAGCGUUUUUGGCGUGUUCAAUACAUCUGUUGUGAAUGCCCUUUGGACCAUAACCACGGGACAAGGAGUGUCUGCAAAUGAUCCCAAGAUUCAGAGGAUUACCCAACUAAUGAACGAAUUUGACGAAUCCUCAGCUUCGCCGUGGAUUUUAGUAGCCCUUUUGUUUCCCACCAUUGAAAGUAUCCUAUCUAAAAUGGGUUUGUGGCAUCUCCAAUUCAAAACAGCAAUGUUAGAGAUAAGAAAGAUUUGCAAGCGCCCAAUUUUAGAACACGAAGAGACCUUUGAUCCCAACAACUUGAGAGACUUUAUCGAUGCUCAUAUUCAGAAGCAACGAGAGCCUGAUUCAGGUAUCAGCUUCCAGGGCAAUGAUGGAAAACUGAAUCUGCAAAUCGUCACAGAAGACCUUUUUGGAGCCGGAAGUGUGACAGUCAGCAUGACAUUGACAUGGGCAAUGCUAUUUUUAGCGAACCGCCCUGACAUUCAAACCAAGAUUAAAAAGGAACUGAAAGAAAUCACGGGAGGCAAUCGAAUUCCAACCAACUCGGAGCGACAAAACAUGCCCUUCACCGAAGCCACCAUCCAUGAGAUCCAAAGAUUGGCCAACAUCGUUCCAAACUCAGUGCCAAGAGAGGCCAGCAAGGAUACUCAUUUUAAAGGCUAUUUCAUUCCAAAAGGCACACAAAUAGUUCCAAACAUUGGCGAGGUUCUGAUGGACCCCAAGUAUUUUUCCAACCCCCAAAAAUUCAAUCCAAGUCGCUUCAUUGAUGAAAAUGGCAGAUUCGUGCCCAGUCCCUAUGUGAUCCCUUUUGGGUUGGGCAAAAGGCGAUGUCUGGGGGAGACUUUGGCCAGAGUUGAGCUCUUCAAAUUCUUCACGGGAAUAAUGGAUCAUUUCCGAUUGAAAGGCCAAAUAAGGAGUUGCUCAACGAAGAUCGGUCCCCAUUUUCAUCCAACAGGCCUAACCCCUUUAAAGUUUGCUUUGUUACACGUUCGUAACUGCGCCAUCCUGAAUUCAGAAGGUGCCAAAAAGAACCUCUAGAGUCGUUAGGCAGUGGGUCCACAAUAAUGUUACCAAAAACGAGAUAUUUAAAAGCAUUUCGUCGUAGCAUUUGUUAUCGAUAAAUGUUCUUUGUAACUAGUUGUUUGUGCUUUUCGUGAUCCCGCAGUUCAUGGAUAAGAGUCAUAUUUUCAAGUGCAUAUGCACCACGUACAUGUGAGAUAAAUAUUCCAAGCUAUUGUAAAAUCAUCGAAAGUUCCUAUGAAUUGGUUUUAGAAUGUUCAAAAUU